ACACACACACACAAAAACACACUUGAAGUCAGAGUGUUGUCACUGCAACGAAGAUGGGGACUGAAAACACCACUUCCCCCACGAAUCGGUCCCCUGGGCUGGACGAGAUUUACCGACGCAUACAAACAGCGAACGUGGUCAUCUACUGCCUCAUCGUCAUAUUUGGGACUCUGGGUAACGGCCUGGUGAUCUACGUGACGGGCUUCAAGAUGAAGAGAAGCGUCAACUCAGUGUGGUUUCUCAACUUGGCCCUAGCUGACUUCCUCUUCACCACCUUCCUGAUUUUCUCCACUGUUUCUCUCUCUCGAGGACACCAGUGGCCUUUUGGGCAGCCCAUGUGCAAGUUCAGCAACUUUUUGUCGUUAGUGAACAUGUUUGCCAGCGUGUUUUUUCUCACAGCCAUCAGCCUGGACCGCUGCGUGUCCAUUUGGGUGGUGGCGUGGGCGCAGAACAAGCGCUCUGUCCGCAAAGCACAGAUCAUGUGCGUGGUCGUCUGGGUGACGGCAGCGAUCUGCAGCAUCCCUAAUGCCACGUUUCGCUCGGUGAAAGAGAUACGAGGAGUCUUCAAGUGCGUUUACGGCAGAGAAAUGACGCCCGAACAGAAAUGGAUCCUUUACACUUUCCGUUUUGUCAUGGGCUUCCUCAUCCCGUUCCUGGUGAUACUCGUGUCCUAUGUGGCUAUCGGGAUCCGUGCACGACGUCUGCACAAUACAAGGAAACGAAGACCCUGUCGAAUCAUUCUUUCUAUCAUUUUUGCCUUUUUCAUCUGCUGGCUGCCUUUCCACGUUGUGAGCUUUAUGGAGUUAAAGGCCAAGACGAAUCCUUCACUCCGAAGCGUUGUGAAGAUCGGAGGACCUGUGACACUGACUCUAGCUUUCAUGAACAGCGCCUUGAACCCCAUCCUCUAUGUUUUCAUGUGCGAGGAGUUCCAGAAGAAGCUGAAGCGCUCCAUAUGCUUCGUCCUUGAGAGCGCCUUGGCAGAGGACCCCACAUCAUUUAAGUCCUCUCGUUCUUUCUCCACACAACUCUCACGGAUUGUCCACAAGUCGGAGUCUGCUCCGCUGGAAGACAGAAAGCUGUCCACAGACUUGAACUAAUCUUUAAACAUUUUGCUGCGCUAUGAUGAACUGCACAUCUGCUCAAUGGGGGCUGGAAGUCACAGCUCAUAAAACCCAGGAAUCAUGAACAAUUUCCAUAUUUUUUACCUUUCUAAUGUCACCUGGCAACAACUAACUGCUUUGCUGCAUCAGCCAAAUUGAAAACACCCGUUUGCUCACAGCACGAAAACAUUGUGAAUAGAUGCUGUCGGAUAUGGCAUUGCUUCAAGUUAACGAAGAUUUAUUCUGUUUUUCUUUUUCAACUUUUGAUGCUCAUGCUGAUUACUGCACGAAAAACAAGCCCGUCAUUUAACUUCAACUGAAAUGCAUGUCUAUAAAACCAAUAAAAUAGUGUUGUUGAGCUGCUCUCUUCUUUACCAGUGAACGUGAACGUGACGUUUACCUCACCACUGUUUCAACAGGAUGCCGCAGCGGUUUAGAGUUGAGAUCUUUUAAUUGCAGAAUGAGAAUGAUCAUUAUCUUAGUACCUUGCUACACCUCGGAAACAUGGACUUGUGCAUGGGUUGGUUCAGUUAAAUUAAAAAAAAAAAACAACAAAAAAAACAACCUAUAAAUACUUGUAGUUGAUGUAUUAAACCACAAAUAGAAGUACUGGCCCUUAGUUGCUUGGAACGUUAAACCACACAUGGGUGAUGUUUUGCUAGCUCUUCGCUUUUGCACUUCUGAGUGUGAGAAACAAAUGUUGUGGUUAAUGUUAAAAUAGAACACACAGAAAUAUCAGACCCAGGAGUGAGCAAUCGCUAUGGUGCAACCAGUGACACAAAUCGAAUGGAAUGGGGUUUUUUUUUGUAGUUGUCGUGGGGUAGACUGUGAUGAAAACUUCUAUAUCUUUACAAAAGCAAAGAUUACCACAAUCUCAACAUGAAGCUAACUUUAAUUAAAAUUGCUGGUGCGAAAUACAGUGAAAUGUGAGGAAAAACUUCUCCCAUAGCUAGAUAGAUAGGUUCUGUGGAAAAAU